AUGGCGAAGCUGGAAGAAAUAUUGGAGAUUUUAGAAGACUUGUAUGACUUGAUAGUAAAAUUUAAAACUAAUUACAAGAAGUCUCCUAAACCGAGAAUUACCAAAGGGUUUUUGGAAACAAGAAUUCAAUCGUUAGAAGAUUAUUGGAAAUCAUUCAAAGAAGCACACCAAUCGUUGAUAAAAAUCACUAGUAAAGAAGAAAGGAAGACUAUAAAACAUUUCAAAGAAGAGAACUACAGUAAAUGUGAAGAAAUUUAUUUAGACUUGAAGUCGGACAUGGCGGACGCGUUCGAGUUAUUCACUACAAAAACAGAAGCUUUGUCACAAUACACCGAUGCAUCAUCACACUCGCCCAAAAAAGGGGGUUCUUAUACCACUGAAGUCAAGCUUCCACGGAUGGUUUUACCUACAUAUUCGGGUUCGUAUCAAGAUUGGCAACCAUUUGAAGAUACGUUUAAAGCGUUAAUCCACACUAACAAAUCAUUAAGCAACGUACAAAAGUUGCAUUACUUGAAGUCUUGUUUGGAGGGUGAAGCGAAAAAUACUAUCAAGCACAUACAAGUAACGGAACAUAAUUAUGAAGAGGCUUGGAGCGUUUUAAGAAAUAGAUACAGCAAUAAACGGCUUAUUGUGAAUGCCACGUUGAAGAGGUUAUUUUCGUUUAGAAAAAUCAACUCACAAUCGCCAGGACAGUUAAAAUAUGUGAUUGAUGGUACUAAAGAGUGUUUAAACAGUUUAAAAUCAAUGAAUAUUAGUACAAUAACUUGGGAUUCUAUUAUUAUAUACCUAACAGUGCAAAAAUUAGAUGCCGACACACACAAAGAAUGGGAAACUCAUGUAAGUCAAGAAUUUCAAACAGACCUACCUACUUUACAAAAUUUUACAAAUUUUUUGGAAAAUAAAAUACAAACGCUCGAGGUAACAUUUCAAGCUUCAUCUAUCACUCAGAGAACAAACAAAGAACGUACUUUUCAUACUUCAAGCACACAAGUGAUUUGCAAAUUUUGUAAUGGAGAACACAUUCUUUGUCACUGCAAAGAAUUUGCAAAGCUUGACCCACAGAAACGAAGUGAGGUGGUCAAAACCAACUGAUUAUGCUACAACUGCUUAUCACUGGGCCAUCCCAUUUAUUAUUGCAAACAGAAGACGUCU